UUAAAGGGAAAGCCAGUGAGAGGGACACAGGGAGGCUGCUGCUUCCCCAUCCCAGGCAGAAGCAGAACAGCGGCUCGCGGGGAGCCCGGAGAACCUCUCGCCAGGACUGAGGGAGAUAAAAAGAAGAAGUUAAGGGACAUUCAGGAGGAGCAAAUUGAUUUUUAACAGGAUCCCGUCUGAAUUAAAUGGCUGAUAAACAGAUCAGUUUACCUGCCAAGCUGAUCAAUGGAGGGAUAGCUGGGCUGAUUGGAGUCACCUGUGUAUUUCCCAUUGACUUGGCAAAAACUCGCCUGCAGAACCAGCAAAAUGGCCAGCGGAUGUACACCAGCAUGUCUGACUGCCUCAUUAAGACAAUCCGGUCGGAAGGUUACUUCGGCAUGUACAGAGGGGCUGCGGUGAACCUGACUCUAGUGACACCAGAAAAGGCCAUCAAGCUAGCGGCCAAUGACUUCUUCCGGUAUCAUCUCUCCAAAGAUGGGAAGAAGCUGACGCUGCUGAAAGAGAUGCUGGCCGGCUGCGGGGCGGGCACCUGCCAGGUGAUUGUCACUACUCCCAUGGAGAUGCUCAAAAUCCAGCUGCAGGAUGCAGGCCGACUUGCGGCCCAGAAGAAGCUAAUGGCAGCACAAGCCCAGCUGUCCUCCACCACUAGUGCUGGGGCAGCAGAGUCAGUAGUGGAGACACGGACCACGGCAACGCAAAUCACCAGGGAACUACUUCGGAGCAAAGGCAUCGCAGGGCUUUACAAGGGCCUUGGGGCCACGCUGCUAAGAGACGUCCCGUUUUCCGUCGUUUACUUCCCGUUGUUUGCGAAUCUGAAUAAGCUGGGCCAGAAGAGCCCUGACGUCAAGGCCCCGUUCUACGUGUCCUUUCUGUCUGGGUGCCUGGCAGGCAGCACGGCAGCGGUGGCUGUGAAUCCGUGUGAUGUAAUCAAGACAAGGCUGCAGUCCUUGAAAAGGGGAGUGAAUGAGGACACAUACUCAGGAAUCCUAGACUGCACGAGGAAAAUCUGGCAGAAGGAAGGGCCCCUGGCCUUCCUGAAGGGGGCAUAUUGCAGAGCCUUGGUCAUCGCCCCACUCUUCGGCAUUGCACAAGUCGUCUAUUUCAUAGGCAUCGCAGAAUUCUUCCUAGAUAUGCUUCCGAAGCGCCGGGAUUAACCCUCGUGCACGCUCACUGCUGGUCAGAAUUCAUCCAGCAUUCGUCGUCGUCGUCGAUUGGUUUCCAAGCAACAGCACAAAGGGUUAAAGCAGCAAUCUUGAGGGUGAAGGUCGUCUCCCAAACAAAAAGUCCCUUUCACCUCUCGAUAUGUCCCCACCCCAUCUGGCCUUCCAGGACAAUACUUAAUUAUGCAUAUCUAUUAUUUUUAAUUGUCAUUCUUAAAGACACUAGUUAGCACAGACUGGGCUCACAGACCCCGGAUCUUCUCCCAGCAAUGGUGGGGGGGAGAAACUGACCACACCUUCUGAAUUACCAGGUAGUCAAGAAAGGAGCAAAGAACCAGACUUUGUUCCCCUAGUCCCUCUUCUGAUGUGCCAGGUCUCUGGGAAGAUAAGGCCUCAGCACACCUUCUAAAGGGGGACCCAUAUUGUCAGGAGAGGAAGCAGGUAGAUGCCACAAUCAAAAAGUUUCUUUAUAAGGACCUGUCCUGAAACUCCCCUAAUAUCAGCUGGACUUGGAUGAACUUCUUGGAGAUCAGAUGAGGGGGAAGGUUUUUUUGUUUGUUUUUUGUUUUUUUAAUUUUAUUUUAAUCAAAGGGACUUCCCUCUUAAAUAGGGGCCAUGGGGCCUGUGUGGAGGGAGAUGUUCGCUGCACGUAUUUGCAACACAUUUGCUCUGAAAGAGUAUGUCUGCGGGAUCAUGUGUGAAUGUCUUCAGGUGCACGAGUGUUUAGCUACGAGCUACAGGCGGGAGAGGGGAGAAUUUAAUGACAUGGGAUCAACUUUUUAUUUAUACAGGAAAAACAAAUCCAAUUACAUUCCUUAAAUCAGCCCAGCUCUAAUGUGUCAAGCAGUUGCUCUACCCAGAGUACUGGUUGUGUCUUUUGGCCUGUCUUUAAAAUGCAUUCCUCUCCUCCUUACCUGUGGUUGUUUGCAUUCACAAAGGGUCACUUAAAAAGAUGGUCUCAGAGUCAGGCCUUUUGGUUAAAGAUCAGGAUAGGCCACCUCCUCAGCUGGUGUAAAUGGUUGUAGAUCCUUUGAAGUCCAUGAGAUCUAUUGAAAUCUGUGGGGCUAUGGCUGUGUACACCAACUGAGGUUCUGGCUCAAUGUACUUGGGGAUUGAGUUGCCAACUUCUUUAUCCAGACCAAAAUUGGGAUGUGGAAAAGAAAUGAGGCCAGGGCGUCUGUUUUAGUUCCACAGGGACCUAAUUCCAUAUGACUUAGGGCUGGUCUACACAGGGGAGAUCGAUCUAAGAUACGCAACUUCAACUAUGUG